GGGUGGGGUGUAUGCAGUCUGAUCACUCGUGUUUCCCACUGGCUGUACUGGCUGCUUCAUUUUAACAACAGACCAACCAGAAAAAGGGUGACAAAAGAAGCACAGUUUGGCAGGAAGGGCGCGGAUGUUGUCAGAAGGAAAUGGUAUGCGCCGCGGAGGCUCAGGCUGUUCUGUUACUCCCUCUGUCCCGUCCCUCUCAUCUCAUCUGUAAUUUAACAGAAACUACCGGGCAUCAAAGGCUGAAACUACUGUGCCCUGACACUCGUACUGUGGGAGACUCUUCUAUCGAUAUGCCCCAACGACACAGCUGAAACGUUACCAGCUGACAAUGGCUUUGGUGCGGAUGGUCGGUAAAGUUGGGCCGAGACUUUUGGGAAGUCUUCCGGUAUUUCACUGUGGUUCCAGACCCACUCGUUCGGUGACUUUUCUCCACCAGGUUCGUCACAGACAGCUUCCACUUGGAAAUAGCCGAGCUAUUUUCUACAGUUCACUUGCUCCCUCCAGUGACGCAUCUUUAAAGUAUAAAUAUGGCCGUCUGGUUCUGGAGGUGCCACUGCCGUCCAGAAACGAGAACUGUCUGUUCUUCCUCAGGCCCAUGUUGAUGAGUGUGGGAGACCUGAUUACUGAUCUGCAGAAGGAGGAUCCAGGAGCAACCUUUUCUUUUGUCUCCAAAGAUGGAGAACGUGUUGCCAACACCACGCUCAUAGACACCCUGCUGGACAAGGACUUCCAGAUUGUCAUCAAUAAUAAAGUUUACAACGUUGCUUCUCCUGAAAAUGUGUGCACUUCCAGUGAACAUGCCAGAGACCUGGAAGACGUGAAGCAUGUUGUGCACCUGCUACACACAGCUCUCCACCUGCCUGAGCACCAUCUGCUGAAAGAGAGGCAGCUGUUGGAGAAAAUUGACAAUCUUAAAGAACAGUUAUCACCUCUGGAGACGAUGAAGGUGCAGCUGUCCCAAACAGCAGAGUUCCAUACUUCUAGGACUCUCUGGACUGGCAUGGCCCUGUUGUCUGUGCAGGCUGGAGCCCUGGCCUGGCUCACCUGGUGGGUCUAUUCAUGGGACGUCAUGGAACCCAUCACUUACUUCAUCACCUACGCGACCAGCAUGGGGGUUUUCGCCUAUUAUGUCCUUACCAAACAGGAUUAUGUAUAUCCAGAGGCUAAAGACAGACAGUUCCUGCAUUACUUUUAUAAGGGGGCCCGCAAGAAGAAAUUCAAUGUGGAAAAGUACAAUGAACUGAAGGAUGAACUGGCUCAGGUGGAAGAGGAUCUGAGACGUUUGCGGAAUCCAACUCAACUUCAACUACCACUGGAACAAAUCCAGCCAAAGCCAUAAAUGAUGCCAAGCUGGGAUGAAUGCUUCAUUUUGAUAAUGAUGCCUUUUUAACUUGGUAGUCCAUCAAAUUCUGUGUUGUUUACAAACUCAAUAAUGAUGCCAAAUUGUAUCCUGAGAAAUAUACAAACACAGAUGACAACUGAAAAAGGAUGCUUUUCCCCAUCUUUGCUUGGUUAUCUGUUUGAUAGCAUGUUAAUAAAAAUGUUAUUUGAUCAUUGUUACUGGUAAGCUAGUCAUAAAUGGUUUAAGAUGGAGACUUGUAAAUAAUUUCAUAAAGAAGGCAAAAUAAAGAAGGCUCACUCUUUGGCAGAAAAUAAAUGGUUUCUUCUUUUUUUUAUUUAGAAUUUAAGAACAAACCUGCAGCUAAAUUACUGCAUUUGUACAAAAUCACAAUAUUAUGAGCACAAAAAUACAGAAUCAGUGUGUACUCUGAUAGCUGAAGUUUUCUUGACACAGAUGAAAGUGAUUGAAGUCCACAGUACAGCUUCAAGAAAAACAACCCCACAUGUUCUCCUCCCUGAGGUAUUUAUUUACUCCUGUUUGUUGUCAUUUUGGGUGCAAAUAUGCAUCAAAUGUACCAUAAACUGCCAUGACACAAAGAACCACAAGAACAUGAAUUCCCUUUUUAUGGAGCAAACUAGAAGGUGCAGCAUGUGUAUUUGGAGCUUGGGCUGUUAUGACAGAUUAUUUAAUGUGUGAAGCAACAGUGACAUAAACUGACUAAACUGAUGGAGAUGAAAUAAUUGAAAGCACUUUUUCCUGGUUGUGCUGUUAGAUCAGCUAUCCCACAAGCUA